CAGGCAGGAACUGUACGAGCGAGAGUAAUGGAGGAACUCGGAGAGCACCGCGCAAGACCCCAGCUGUUUUUAUCGACAGGAUUUCAACUUUCGCACAGUCUCUGAACAUUCUCAUCGUUUCGUCUUUAUAUGAUAAUUCGAGCUGCGGCGCUGCCUACGGUGUCGUUCUGAGAAGAUGGGCUGGAGUGUGUGUAGCCGGGCCCUUGUGUGGUGCAUUUUCACGUUGCUGUUCAUUAACCCAUUCCAGAUGGGCUUGUGUAGGGCUAACACCGUGUCCCUGUCCGAGAGCCUCCUCUUUGUGUCCACGCUGGAUGGAAACCUGCAUGCUGUCAGCAAGAGAUCCGGCUCCAUCAAGUGGACCCUGAAGGAAGAUCCAGUGCUCCAGGUGCCUACACAUGUGGCAGAGCCCGCAUUUCUGCCUGACCCCAACGAUGGCAGCCUGUACACCCUGGGGGGGAAGAACAGCGAGGGCCUGACGAAAUUGCCCUUCACCAUCCCUGAGCUGGUCCAGGCAUCUCCCUGUCGCAGCUCUGAUGGGAUUCUCUACAUGGGGAAGAAGCAAGACCUGUGGUACGUGGUGGACCUGCUGACAGGGGAGAAGCAGCAGACCCUGACAUCGUCCUUCGCCGAGACACUGUGCCCCUCGUCAUCACUGCUGUACCUGGGCCGCACAGAAUACACCAUCACCAUGUAUGACACCAAGAACCGAGAGCUGCGCUGGAACGCCACCUACUCUGACUACGCCUCCACGCUGCCCGACGAAGACAGCAAAUACAAGAUGGCCCACUUUGUGUCCAACGGGGACGGGCUGGUGGUGACGGUGGACACCGAGUCAGGAGAUGUACAGUGGAUCCAGAACUACAACUCGCCAGUGGUGGCCAUGUACAUCUGGCAGCGGGACGGUCUCCGCAAAGUCCCGCACACCAACAUCGCCGUGGAGACGCUGCGUUACCUCACCUUCAUGUCGGGAGAGGUGGGCCGCAUCACCCAGUGGAAGUACCCCUUUCCCAAGGAGAAGAAGCCCAAGAAUAAGCUCAUGUCUACACUCUAUGUGGGCAAGUACUCCACCAGCCUGUACGCAUCUCCGUCCUUGGUACACGAUGGUGUCACAGUCGUGCCCCGCGGAAGCACCUUCCCCCUGCUGGAGGGUCCCAGCAGCGCAGAGUUCACCAGCGGGGACGACAAGGAGUGUGUCAUCACCCCCAGCACCGACAUCAAGUUCUCCACCGCCCUGAAGGAACGCAACCGUGUCAACUUCAUGAGGAACUACCUGCUCCUUAUAGGACACCAUGAGACGCCCCCUGACGCUCACAACAAGAUCCUGGAGAGAUUCCCAGAGAGCAUCCCCCGUCAGCAGGGCAACAUCAUCCCGCCCAGCGCGGACAAGCCCAUCGAAGAGAAGGUGAAUGACAGUGACAUGGAUGACAGCACUGGACGGCCACCGGUCACCUCUGUCCAGGAGAAACCCACCAAGCCAGUGCGUGUGGAGGCCUCCGUGGACUCCAUGCUCAAGGACAUGGCCACCAUCAUUUUUAGCACCUUCCUCUUGGCUGGAUGGGUGGCCUUUGUUAUCACGUACCCCAAGAGUGUGAACAAGCAGCAGCAGCUCCAGCACCAGCAGUUUCAGCGGCAGAUGGAGGAGAAGCUGGAGCUCCUGCAGAAGCAGCAGCUGAUCUUCCAGCCUCCCGCUGACCUGCCCCCGGACGCCGACUUCCUGGACGUGGGACGGGCGCGAACCGAGAGCUCCAACAACAGCAGCCCCAGCCUCACGCCCCGCGCCUCCAACCACUCCAACCUGUCCGCGGCCGAGAUGGCCAGCUCUGCCGCCGAGCACGAGGACGCAGAUGAGGAGUCAAAUGUCGUCAGAGUGGGGAACAUUUCCUUCAGCCCUAAAAAUGUACUGGGACAUGGUGCAGAGGGAACCAUAGUGUACAGGGGUCAGUUUGACAACCGCGCGGUGGCAGUGAAGAGGAUCCUCCCAGAGUGCUUCAGCUUCGCCGACCGCGAGGUGCAGCUGCUGCGCGAAUCGGACGAGCACCCCAACGUCAUCCGCUACUUCUGCACCGAGAAGGACCGCCAGUUCCAGUACAUCGCCAUCGAGCUGUGUGCCGCCACACUGCAGGAGUACGUGGAGCAGAAGGACUUUGACCGUCGCGGCCUGGAGCCUGUGACGCUGCUGCUGCAGACGAUGUCAGGGCUGGCACACCUGCAUUCUCUCAGCAUCGUGCACAGGGAUCUGAAACCACACAACAUCCUGGUGUCCAUGCCCAACGCGCACGGCCGGGUCAGGGCCAUGAUCUCUGACUUCGGACUGUGUAAGAAGCUGGCGGUGGGCAGGCACAGCUUCAGCAGGAGGUCUGGGGUUCCUGGCACUGAGGGCUGGAUCGCCCCUGAGGUCCUGAGUGAGGACAGCAAAGACAACCCAACGUGUGCUGUGGACAUCUUCUCCGCGGGCUGCGUCUUUUACUAUGUGGUGUCACAAGGCAGCCACCCCUUUGGCAAGUCCCUGCAGCGGCAAGCCAAUAUCCUCUUGGGCACAUACAGCCUCGACCAGCUUCAGGCAGACAAACACGAAGACAUAAUUGCCACCGACCUAAUAGAGCAGAUGAUCAGCAUGGAGCCUCAGAAGAGGCCGUCAGCGGAGAGCGUGCUGAAGCACCCCUUUUUCUGGAGCCUGGAGAAGCAGCUGCAGUUCUUCCAGGACAUCAGCGAUAGGAUAGAGAAGGAGCCCCUAGAUGGGCCUAUCGUUCGGCAGCUGGAGAGAGGGGGACGGGCGGUGGUGAAGGGGGACUGGAGAGAGCACAUAACCGUCCCUCUACAGACAGAUUUACGGAAAUUCCGGUCUUAUAAAGGAGGAUCAGUCCGAGACCUCCUCCGCGCCAUGAGGAAUAAGAAGCACCACUACAGAGAGUUGCCCGUAGACGUGCAGGAGACGCUGGGCUCCAUUCCUGAGGACUUUGUGUCCUACUUCACCUCCCGAUUCCCACACCUGCUGAAGCACACCUACAAGGCCAUGCACACGUGUGCACACGAACGCCCCUUCCUGCCUUACUACCACAACACUGGGGCUCCCACGCGAACUCAGCCCGAUCCGCCCGGGCAGCCCGAGGGGGCGGACUCUGCGUAAGAGAGGCGAAGGCAGCGGUCGACGGACGCGGCUCGGAGUCCCGUUGCCUUAGAGGUGGACACAUUCCAGGGCUGGCUGUCUUCCACUACGCUGGUGAGGAAAGGGCCUGCAGUGCCCUGACCCCAUCUCCAGGGGGAGGCGCCUCCCCUUCCCAAGUGCCUUUGCUGCCUGUUCAACGGCUCGCUGUAGAGUUGGAGAGACGGCACUCUGCCUAGGAGAGCUGGAGCAGAAUGUGAAAGACUCGUGCUUUCCUCACAACACAUGGGGCUAAUGCUUAUGGCAUUUUCAUAUGUCCUUUUUUUAUAAUAUUAAGUCUUGCAAGGUGUGACCCGUCACCGUAUCACAAGAGGAGAACUGCGGGGGUCUGGAUGGUCACAAAUUCUGUUUUUGGCAAAACACUUUAUUGAACACUUAAGCUGAGAACUGUAUCUGUACUGUGCAAUUUUAGUGUUUCUCGGUGAACCCUUUGACUGUUCUGGUUGUAUCGUUGUAUUCGUUCUGAUAAAGUGUAGUUGGAUAUGGCCAGGGUACCUUAUACUGUGGAAUAACACAGCUCCUGCACUCACCUGUGACAGUCCAAUGGUCAUGCUUACUGUGCAUGUGGCCAUUAACUUGGAAUCUGCCUCAACGCUGAGGCAUUUUAUGGUAUUGUGAGUGUCAAGGGUUGUAAUUCCAAAGGUUGAUAUUUUCUUAUUGUGUAAGUCUGUGUGUUUUUUUUAAGACUUCAGGCAAAUCUGAUGAUCCUCCCUUCCCGUGGGAUUUUAUCAGUUGUGUACCAGCUCACGUGUGCACGUGAUUUGGCUUCAGCAGACUCUUCAUUUGUAUUGUUGAUAAUCGUACAUCUUCAGCUCAUCUACAGCUAUGUUUACAAAUGGAAACAGAUGGCUGGCUUUUAUGCUAUGGUGUUCGAACAGAUAUAUCUACUGCUGCUAUGAGGUAAGCAGAUAUGCACAAAAUCAUUAAGCACCAAAUCUUUGCCUCAGUAGGUAAAUAGUGGUAUAUAAUUCAUUUUAAGGGAUUUAUAGUAAAAAAAAAAUGGUGUCCAAUAAUAGCCUUGGCUAGAAGCUGUGCUUGUAGCGAAGAUGUACCUUCCUGUGAAAUAUGACUUGUGUACUCUGCCAACAUGAGGUGAAAAUAAAAAUAUAUGGAAACAUGACACAAAUAUGGAAAUGAGCUUAGGUGAAGGGGUAAAGUGCUAUCUUUGCGUUCAUUUGAUUGUGUUAAACAUAAUGUCUUUAGAGUACCGUGUUCAUUGAUAUUUUAUAAGAGUAUGCCAAACUUGUAUUAACACCUGGCUCCUUUUGUCCAUUCAGCUUAAAAACUGUAUAUUGAUGCCUUAUUUAUAUACCAGGAGUACAAUCUGUCAUUAUGGCCAGUGUGUGCAAUUUUUUUUUCAUUCCCAGUCCACAGGUCACCAUAAAGGUGAAGCUUUAAAUGUAGUGAUAUGUCAAAACCCACACUGCCCUCCAGAAAGGUAAUACUUGAACUUGACACUUCAGGAAUAACUAGACUCCUUUUUGGUGUCUAAUAUAUAAACUGUUAUUUCCACUAACUGGUUUUAUUUAACUGAUUUUAUUUU